GUCUUCUUCUUCGUCUUCUUCUUCGUCUUCUUCUUCGUCUUCUUCUUCGUCUUCUUCUUCGUCUUCUUCUUCGUCUUCUUCUUCUCUUGGCCUUCACCAUCUUCGAUCUUUUGAAACUCUUUUUUUUUCAUACUUUCGUGAGAAAUUCACGAAAUUAUGUUUUGUUAAUUGAGAUUCCUUUUGUACAUAAUAUGCUUUGUGAUUUAUCAAGAGAGGCUUCUCCAAAAGAUGAAAGAAGCAUAGAAUCAAAGGAGAGGCUGUUUCUCUAUUCUGCUAUUCUUGUUUAUAUCAUUCUUUUUCCAACGAGUUUAUAGAAUUACAGAACAUUGAAGUAGCAUCCGGAGAGAGGAGAUUGUUGUUUGGCUUCUUCAAUCUUGGCAAUAGAAAGGACACAUAGUUUUCAGGUAAUCGAGUCUUACGAAGGAUAAUCGAAGACAAAUUCAGCAUUAUAGUUUGGAGGUUUUGUGAUCUUCUUCACCAUGUCAAUGAAAAUGAAGGGCAUCUAUAAAGGCUUCAAAUGUAUCUCUCAAAUAUUUGCCGUUGAGAAAGAGAGAGAUGAAAUAGAAAUUGGGUUUCCAACAGAUGUAAAACAUGUGGCUCAUAUUGGCUGGGAGGGUUCAUCUGGUAGUGCUCCUGGUUGGAUGAGUGAGUUUAAGGUCGGGGCUGAGCUUUUAUCUCCAAGACCAUCAUCUUUCAGUAAUGCAAGACCUUCUACUUCUUUCUUCACUUCUUCUUCUUCCACUGAUUUUGAUCAAGGAUCGAGUCAACGAGGAAUAUCAGAUACACUACGAGAUAUACCUCCAGUUACUCCGAUAAAUUUACCGAAAAAUAACAAGAAGAAAAGCAGUAGAAGAAAGAAAUCUUCUUCAUCAUCAUCAUCUCCAAAAUCUUCAAGAUCAUCUGUAUUAUCCAAAUCUUCGUAUAAAUCAACUGUAUCACGAUUAAUCUAGAACAUAUAAUAGGUGAAAGAAAAAAAAAAUCAAAAGUUUGGUCAUCUUUGUGCAUACUUAAGGGGAUUUUGUUUGCAUUUUCUGCUGAUUCAUUUUGGGAUUUUUUUUCACAUAUGUAGACAUCGUGUAGUGUUUGGCGUUUGAUUUAUUUUAAUGUAAACUUAGAAAUAGGGAAAGAAAAAAGUAAGAAAAUUUGUAUGAAAUGAUGGUGAAUUUGAGUGGAA